AUGAGGCUUUCAUCGGCGCUUCUCCUUUACUUGGCUACCUCGGCGAUUUCUGCUAAGCCCAAGCUCUCUGACUCAUGGGAGAUUGAUGACAGUUGCGAUGUUCCAAGGCUUGAGAAGCUCGAAGACGCCCAUUCAGAAAUCGUCGAGCUUCUCGCCAAAGUCACAAGGGAUCUAGCUCACGUGCAGCAGCCACGACCUGCAACCCGCUGGGGAAAGUCCAAUUGGAAUCGCAUCUCUGGCAACCUGGCUGGCCUUUUUGGGCUUCAACCUAGUGACGCGAUUAUAGAGAAUGGUUACGACCCAAGCGAGCAGUACUUCAGCCAAGUCCUCUAUACCUACGAUCGAAUGUAUCAAGCUCUCGUGAAGGGGAGGACCGUCCCAGAAAACGGAUACUCUGGCAAAUUGGGGAAUCAAAACCAGCCUAGUAAGCCUCUACUUUUGUGUGGCGAUACUAGGGCCUGGGAAUUCUUCGACAAAGACGCUAAAGAUAAGUAUGACAAGUCCAAAACGGUUGCAGAAGUUUUCCCAGACGCGGCGAAAGCAGGUGGUGCUUUUAUUCGUGCAAACCGUUAUCUCGGAGCGACACCUGGUGAAACACAUCCCGCCAUAUGCAAUGGCAUAUACGGAAUGACGCUCCAGCGCCAUGACCUGAUAACUAUUUGUGAUAAUACUCUUGAAUUGGAUGAUGAAAAGUGGCCAGUGCGCGAUGGUGGCAAAGUUGUGAACGGCACGGAUCUUGAUCGAGACCACUUUGGCAGGCAAUCUCUCGUCCGUGUCAUGCUCCAUGAGUUUGCACACUACUAUGGGUCGAGGAUGGAAGGGAAUGAAUUCAAAGGAUUGCCAGACCAGCAAGCCGUUGAUACGAAUGCAUGUCUCUUGUGGAUAGGAAGCACAGGGAAGCAAGUACGCGAGCCUACAACCGUGGGUGGACAAAACCUGCCUAGACAGGUUGUUUAUAGCCUCAGAUUUUGCACCAACCUCAACAUUAAUCAAACUACCAACAAAAAAACAGGUAAAUUUGAGAAAGACGGCGCUUUGGUGGCCGGUACGCUCGGAAUCACGGGCCCAUCAGUUGCCACCUGGACGGCUGAAACAUAUGCUUAUUUCCCCAUCGUCUCGUAUCUAGAUAAGUGGGAAUGGGUGACAACAGGGAAGGCUAGACCACUUCCAACGGCUUAG